GCGCGUGCGCGGCAACGGUAACGGCGGUGGCGGCGGAGCAGAUAUCGGAGCUCGUACACGAAAGUCGGCAGGACUCGCUACCUAAGAGAUUGCAUUCAAGGGCAGUAACACGCGAAUUGAAUGACCACCGUAUAAAAUUCGCAUCCACUAGCGACCGCCACCACGAUGAUAAUGGCCUCUCUCCAUCCCGAUUUCAAGACCGGCAAUCUGCGCUGUGGGUGCUCGUAAAGACGAUUGGAUUUGGAAAUCACCGGCUGGCCGCCCUGAAAGGGGCCUUAAUAACAAAUGGCGAAUUAAAAUUGCAACGAUCAUUCUCGAUCUUCUCUGUAUCGAGUGCGUGUCGAAGCUCAUUUACGAAGACGUUGUUGACAAUGUUAACUUUUUCAUACAAUUGGUGGCAAAUAAUAAAAUGUCACAAAACAUUUACUCACACUGAGAAAAGUACAGGACUAAACAAGAGGAAUAUCCUUCCGAAUAGUCGUAUUCACGGUACGCUCAAUUCCACCAAUCGCGGGACGAGAUGUUUCAACGGAUCAGUCUUAAUCCGCAAAAUAAUAUUAUCUUCGCUCGACCAGGCCGGUUUCCUUCUGCAAACAAAACUCGGAAAGCUGAGUCCGAGAAAUCUACAGGACCGGAUAUCAUCGAGUAGAGUCACGAAUGUUCCGUGCCACUCUCGUAUUUUUGAAGGGCGAAAAGAUGAGAUUGCCGACUCGACGAAAUCCAGGUCCCAACGAGGACGUCAAAAUUACGAAAUUACACUGUGUUCGUAUCUAGUUAUUAUACGCACGAGUGGUGGUGUUUGCCGGAAAUGUCGGAGCACGCGUGGCACGAAUCGGCCGCAUUUGAGCUUACUGCUAAUCAAGCUACACGCGAAACCUAUCUCUGCGUAUAAGCUGUAACUGUCAGCAGUUAAUAAUACCGUUAAUAAUAAUAACGCAUGUAUCAUCCAUAAAGCUUUGACACAAUGUAUCAAAGCGCACACAUCUACAAACACGCACACAUUAGUACAUGCAUACCUACUUUCUCCUCCUUCUAUGCACACAUAUGCGUUUUCAUUCGUGUAGAACUGAUAACAAUUAGAAAGAUAUAACAAUUAGAAUUAGGAGAAAGCAAAUUUAAAUCGUCUACACAUUUCAUUCAGAGAUCAUCACUAACGGAGACACAUUAAAAAUUUUUAACACGCGCGUCUUUAUCAUUCCCGUUUCGACAUAUGUAUGCUCUUGAGCAUUAUCAGUUUAUCGUAUGGAACGUCGUGCCGAUUGAAAGGAGUCAGCGUGCUGAGAUUUUUACGCGAAUAGAUGGACUUCGGUUGGAGAAUGUGCUGACAGAGGCGAUGCCGCCACCGUAGAUUAACUUUAGCAGAGUGGAACGGGUCUAAAAUACACGAGGUACGGGAGCGUUGCGGAUAUAAGCAAGCCGUAACGGUUACCAACCUACCCGUUCAGGGGCUACCUAUCUAUCCUACCUAUCCCACCACAUAGAGAGAAAGCUACGGUCUGGAGUAAAGGAUGGCCGGCGGUGAGCUCGAAGGUUGCGGAGAUGACUACGGGGUUGGGGUUGGACGUGAUCUUUCAUAGCUGCUUGAUUGGCCCAACGUGCGAGCAAAUGUAUUGUCCCGCUUGCAAGCGCCAACAGCUCGUGUCGAGAUGGCAAAAUAUUUAAGAUCACGUUAAGCUCGCAACAAUAAAAGGAGACACGUUGAUGAAAUCAAGAUCGCAGGAAAGUUGCGUGCCAGGCCGACCUUGCACGUUCACACUUAGUCUGAGAGAGACGGCCCGGAAGAGGUCGGGAGACGGAAGGAAGCGAGAAGGACGGCGAGAACGGUCGAGUUAGUAUUCAUAUCGUUAUGUCCUGCGACUAAUAAGGCGAUAGAAAAUGUCGUAACUAUUGCACGAUUGUGUUAGACAUAAAUUGGACACAUUUGUGCGAAAAUUUGUAAUUAUUACUUCUCGUAAUUAUUAUUUCUACGAUGUAACGCAUUGCAAAAUUAAGUGUGUUAUUAUAACAACACGUUGAUACAUUAGAAUAUCUGAUGGGGACAUUUUGACUCCGUCUUUCUUGUUAUCGCCAUUUCUAUUUCUCAUUCAUUUCUUCUUUAGAAAAGAAGUAACUCGUGACUUUUAAUUAUUUUUAAAAAAGAAGACGCCAAAAACGUAACAAAAGAGAUCGAUAAUAUUGCGAUAAAUUAUUUUAUAAUUUACUCUGGAUUUACCUCUUGGAUGUCCAAAAAAAUCAUUUUUAUCCUUAAUUUAAUAGUGUAUCCUUAAUUCAAUAGUAUCCUUUAAUAGUAUCCUUAAUUCAA